UUCUCACAUUCAGCGCUGGCUGCUGUCUCCUAUUUGCGAUCACUGGCAGCCUUUGUAAUUCCCUUAUUUUAUCCAGUAAUGUAUACCACACUCGGGUUCGGGAAGGGCGACACUAUUUUGGCGGUCGUAGCAAUCGUCAUAGGCUGUUCUGCACCCUGGAUAUCUUGGCAUUACGGGAGCAGAUACGGAACAGCAGUCGAUAUGAACGGCGAUAAUCCUAGACAAAUGAAGAGCGACCGAAGUAAGGCAUGA